UCUUGGUUUUCUUUGCCCCAGGCUAGGGUCAGAGGACACCUAUGUCCCCUGCCCCGUGUGGAGAAGAGAGUGGGGAAAAGCCCUUGGACCUUGUGAAGAUUAUUCGUGGAGAUGAGGAGGACCUUGAUGCCUACCUCCCUUCAUGUGCCCUCUCCCAUAGGAAGGGCUGGGCCCCUGGCCCUGCACAGCUCAGAGGAGGUUCUCUCGCUGACUCACCCUCCAAGAAUGGACAGGCCCCAGGGGAAGAAGCUGGACUUCAGCUGUCUAAGGAUGAGGGCGUCCUCAAGGAGAUCUCCAUCACGCACCAUGUCAAGGCUGGCUCCGAGAAGGCCGACCCGUCCCAUUUUGAGCUCCUCAAGGUUCUGGGCCAGGGAUCCUUUGGCAAAGUCUUUCUGGUGCGGAAGGUCACCCGGCCUGACAGUGGGCACUUGUAUGCCAUGAAGGUACUAAAGAAGGCAACGCUGAAAGUGCGUGACCGUGUUCGGACCAAGAUGGAGAGAGACAUCCUGGCUGACGUAAACCAUCCAUUUGUGGUGAAGCUGCACUAUGCCUUCCAGACCGAGGGCAAACUCUAUCUUAUUCUGGACUUCCUGCGUGGUGGGGACCUCUUCACACGGCUCUCUAAGGAGGUUAUGUUCACGGAGGAAGAUGUGAAGUUUUACCUGGCCGAACUGGCCUUGGGCCUGGACCACCUGCACAGCCUAGGCAUUAUUUACAGAGACCUGAAGCCUGAGAACAUCCUUCUGGAUGAGGAGGGCCACAUCAAACUCACUGACUUCGGCUUGAGCAAGGAGGCCAUUGACCACGAGAAGAAGGCCUAUUCCUUCUGCGGAACGGUGGAGUACAUGGCCCCCGAGGUUGUCAACCGCCAGGGUCACACCCACAGUGCAGACUGGUGGUCCUAUGGAGUGUUGAUGUUUGAGAUGCUGACAGGCUCCCUACCCUUCCAAGGGAAGGACCGGAAGGAGACCAUGACACUGAUUCUGAAGGCAAAGCUAGGCAUGCCCCAGUUUCUGAGCACGGAAGCCCAGAGCCUCCUGCGGGCCCUGUUCAAGCGGAAUCCUGCCAACCGGCUCGGCUCCGGCCCUGAUGGGGCAGAGGAAAUCAAGCGGCAUGUCUUCUACUCCACCAUUGACUGGAAUAAGCUGUACCGGCGUGAGAUCAAGCCACCCUUCAAGCCAGCUGUGGCACAACCCGAUGACACCUUCUACUUUGACACUGAGUUUACAUCCCGCACGCCCAAGGACUCCCCAGGCAUCCCCCCCAGUGCUGGUGCCCAUCAGCUGUUUCGUGGCUUCAGCUUCGUGGCUACUGGCCUAAUGGAGGACGAUGGCAAGUCUCGGGCUGCGCAGGCGCCCCUGCACUCGGUGGUACAGCAACUACAUGGGAAGAACCUGGUUUUUAGCGAUGGCUACGUGGUAAAGGAAACGAUUGGUGUGGGCUCCUACUCUGAGUGCAAACGCUGUGUCCACAAGGCCACCAACAUGGAGUAUGCUGUCAAGGUCAUCGACAAGAGCAAGCGAGAUCCCUCAGAAGAGAUUGAGAUUCUUCUGCGGUACGGGCAGCACCCCAACAUCAUCACUCUGAAAGAUGUGUAUGAUGAUGGCAAACACGUGUACCUGGUGACAGAGCUGAUGCGGGGAGGGGAGCUGCUGGACAAGAUCCUACGGCAGAAAUUCUUCUCGGAGCGUGAGGCCAGCUUCGUCCUGCACACCAUCAGCAAGACAGUGGAAUAUCUGCACUCCCAGGGGGUUGUGCACAGGGACCUCAAGCCCAGCAACAUCCUGUAUGUGGAUGAGUCUGGGAACCCUGAGUGCCUGCGCAUCUGCGACUUUGGCUUCGCCAAGCAGCUGCGGGCUGAGAAUGGGCUCCUCAUGACACCUUGCUACACCGCCAACUUCGUGGCGCCCGAGGUGCUGAAGCGCCAGGGCUAUGAUGAGGGCUGCGACAUCUGGAGCCUGGGCAUUCUGCUGUAUACCAUGCUGGCGGGAUACACUCCAUUUGCCAACGGACCCAGUGACACACCAGAGGAAAUCCUGACCCGGAUCGGCAGUGGGAAGUUCACCCUCAGUGGGGGAAAUUGGAACACAGUUUCAGACACAGCCAAAGACCUGGUGUCCAAGAUGCUACACGUGGACCCCCACCAGCGCCUCACAGCCAAGCAGGUCCUGCAGCACCCAUGGAUCACCCAGAAAGACAAGCUUCCCCAGAGCCAGCUGUCCCACCAGGACCUGCAGCUGGUUAAGGGAGCCAUGGCAGCUACAUACUCUGCGCUCAACAGCUCCAAGCCCACCCCUCAGCUGAAGCCCAUCGAGUCGUCUAUCCUGGCCCAGCGGCGGGUGAGGAAGCUGCCGUCCACCACCCUGUGAAGGGCCAGAGCAUCCAGGCCGCAGGGCGGUGCUAGCUCUAUGAAAGCAGCAUACUUCCCAGAGGGAGUGGGCCUGAGUCACAGGGCCAGAGGAAGCGGAGCCCUGAGGGGCCCAGGAAGCAGCCAGCCCAGGUCACCCCAGUGAGGGUGUGAGAAGUGCCUUCUCCUUCCCUAGGAUGGAUUCUUCUCGGCUCAGGCUCUGCUGACUGAAAUCGAUUCACUGUACAAACUCUUACCUUUUUUAAGGAAAAAAUGGCAUCAACCACCAUGGAUUUUUACAAGAUCCAUUUGCCUUCCUGGGAGCAGAAAGCCAGUGCAGCCCCAGGAGGGGCACUGAGUCACACUAGGGCUCUCUGUGUCUGAGACUCCUUAGAGCAUCUUUGGGGUGUCCCCUAGGGGACCCCCCACGUUUGGCCACCUGUAGCCAUCUGCACUCACCUCCAAGGCAGUCCAGCAUCACCUUCCAGAGCCCUUGGCUGUUUAGCAGAACUUGCUCUAUCCCCAGUCAGCUCCUUCUCUGUCCUGCUGGGAGGUCUGGAACCACUUCCUGCUAGAGAGGACCAGGGCCCUGUGGCUCCCAGCUCCAGGCACCAGCAUCCCCGUUGGCCCCGCCAGUGGGUCCCCUGCAGUCAGGUUGGGCAGCCCCUGGAGGAGGAUUCGGAAAGCACUUUUUGGCUGACUUCUGUUGGAGUCUGCCACUAAACAGAGUUCACAGGAGGCCUGUGGGGCAGGCUAAGGGGGCAGGGGCUUUUUUCAUUUCUUCCUCAGCUGGUAACUCAGGGUUCAUCUGUCCAUGGCCUUUCUAAUAAACUUACAGUUGAGUUGAA